UCAUCUCUCUUCGUGGUCCUUGACUCAGUGUCUAAUGGAGCUUUCUUACCAGACUCUCAAACUCACGCACCAGGCGCGGGAGGCGUACGAGAUGAGAACAGAAGCACGGCGAAAAAAUCUUCUCAUUUUGAUUCUGCAUUACUUAACACAAGAAGGCUAUAUGGAUGCGGCUAAGGCUUUGGAGGAGGAGACUAGACUGGGACUGCGGCGCUUUGAAGUUUGUGACAACGUUGACCUGGAAACUAUUUUGAUGGAAUAUGAGAGCUAUUAUUUUGUAAAGUUCCAGAAGUACCCCAAAGUGGUUAAGAAGGCACCAGACCCAGUAGAAAAUAAUUUACCGUCACGAAGUGGAGGGAAGAACAAAAGGCUGAUGAAUGACAAUUGUCAAAAUCUCCCCAAGAUAUGUCACCAGAAGUCACGACCCAAAACUUCAGCAGUGAAGACAGGGGACACCAAACCUGCCAAAGAACACCCUAAACAGGUCAAGGAGAGUGUCACUAACGCUCAAGCAGAGAGCACUGACUUCGGCCUAAACAUAUCAAAAAUCCACAAAGACCACCCAGAGGAAAAGGCCCACCCACGAAGAGGCCAAAUCAUUGACUUUCGAGGACUGCUCUCAGACGCUCUCAAAGGAGCCACCAGUGAAUUUGCGUUGAACACCUUUGAAUGUAACCCAGACCCUUCAGAGCGAUUGCUGAAACCUCUGAGUGCAUUUAUUGGCAUGAACAGUGAGAUGCGAGAACUGGCAGCGGUGGUGAGCCGGGACAUUUAUCUCCAUAAUCCCAACAUAAAGUGGAAUGACAUUAUUGGACUGGACGCAGCCAAGCAGCUAGUCAAAGAAGCCGUUGUGUACCCAAUAAGGGUAAGUAUGGAAGCCACGUUCCUAAUCACUGUCAACAGGACAAGCAGUGUGCAGACAGGAGAGCAUGGCACAGGGAAGACUUUGCUGGCCAAAGCAGUGGCCACUGAAUGCAAAACCACCUUCUUUAACAUUUCUGCAUCCACUAUUGUCAGCAAAUGGAGAGGAGAUUCCGAAAAACUGGUCCGGGUGCUAUUUGAACUUGCGCGCUAUCAUGCCCCCUCCACGAUCUUCCUGGACGAGCUGGAGUCGGUGAUGAGCCAGAGAGGCAUGGUUCCUGGGGAGCUGGACUGUGCCAUGUUACGGCGCCUGGAGAAGAGGAUUCUGGUUGAUCUCCCCAGCCGAGAGGCCAGACAGGCCAUGAUCUACCACUGGCUGCCGCCUGUGAGCAAGAACCAUGCGCUGGAGCUGCACACACAGCUGGAGUACAGCGUGCUGAGCCAGGAAACAGAGGGCUACUCAGGCUCCGACAUUAAGCUAGUCUGCAGGGAGGCAGCCAUGCGGCCUGUGCGAAAGAUCUUCAGUGUGCUUGAAAACAACCAGUCAGAGAACAACAAUUUACCUGGGAUCCAGCUGGAUACUGUGACCACACAGGACUUCCUGGAUGUGUUGGCUCACACCAAGCCUUCAGCAAAGAAUCUGACCGAGAGAUACUUGGCCUGGCAAGAGAAGUUUGAGUCUGUAUAAAGCUGUGCCCAGCCUGACCUGGCCAGAGGCCGCCAAGAGCCUCCCCAGCGUGACUGGGAUGGAAGGGAAGACGUCAUCCUUGAAAGCUGGACUAAUUUGGACAACUGUGUUCCUUGGAAA